GGGGGUGCGCGGACACCACCCCGUUUCCGGUCCGCGGGGAGCGUCGGCUGGAGCGCCGUUUCCGCAGAUGGACCAAAAGCUCUCUCAGCUGGUCGAGGACCUCACAACCUCAGGAGAGCCUCAACUGAAUCCAGAGAAAAUGAAAGAGCUAAAGAAAAUCUGCAAGUCUUCAGAUGAACAUAUUAGUCAUGCGUAUCAUCUACUGAUGACACAGCUGAAUCAAGAACAUGCAGAGAUACGCUUCUCAGCUUUUCAAAUUGUGGAUGAGCUCUUCACCCGGUCACAUCAGUUUAGGACAUUAAUUAUUUCAAAUUUUCAAGAAUUCUUGGAGCUCACAAUUGAAACAGACCAUGAGCAGCCUCUUCCCCCACCAAAAGAAGUAGCACAAAAACUGAAAAAAACAGCCAUUAAAUCUGUACAAGCUUGGCAUGAAAAAUAUGGAGAAGCUUACAAGAAACUCUCCCUAGGAUACCAUUUCUUAAAACAGAACAAGAAGGUGGAUUUUCAAGACGUAAAUGUCAGAACUCUGGCUGAAAGGAGAAGGGAGGAGGAGAAGCAGAAACGAUUAGAUAACAUUUACAAAGAGAAAGCAAAAAGAGCUGAAAAAGAAAUGGAAGAAAUGUCCCAGGAAAUCCAAGACACACUGACAGAGAUGGAGAAUUGUUUCCGGCUUUUGAUGCCAGAUCCAUUUGACUUCACUGUGAAUGAUGCAGAGUUAGACCCUGUCACGGAGAGGACUGCUAAUGAGGACAAACCUACUUCCUCCUUAUCCAUGCAGAUAGCAGAUUGCCAGCCAUCUUUGCUUGGACACAUGGAUGAUGAACAGCCUUGUUGCAGCAAGGACCUUCCUUCUGUUUCCCCAUGUCUAAUAGUUGGUAGAAACAGGGACCUGAACGAAGAGUUGGGGCUGCCUGAGCAAAAGGAAAUAGACAGAGGGGAAUGUUCAGAAGCUGAAAUAAUUGCUGCUGCUGCCACCGAUUAUGAUGACUAUGAAACCUUUGUUAGGAACCAUGGGCUUGGUUCUCAUAAAUACACUCUCAACCUUGAAAUCUCCACAGAUGUGAAGGUGCGUGAGAAUGAAGACAAUACUGCCAUAAUAAACAAUAUCAUAGAUGCGCACAAACUCAUCAGAAAUAAAUUCUUGCCAUCUGUGCAGUCUUGGAUUCAGUUGUUCACCAGAGCAGGAAUAAAUGAUGGUUGUCUAAGAUGUGCCAUUGAUUUUAAGAAUAAAUUAGAGACUGCUAUGGAGAAACAUAAGGAAAUGAACAUUGACUAUAAAGAGAGGAAAAGAAAAGUGAUGAAAGUCUCCGACAGUGAAGAUGAUGAAGAUGAAUUUGUGGAGGUCCCUGAGAAGGAAGGUUAUGAGCCCCACAUUCCAGACCACCUGCGUAAGGAAUAUGGGUUGGAGCCCCAAUCAUCUCCGAAAGCAUUAGCAAAAGGAAUGGUUGUGAGGCCAGCUUUGCUGAGCUCCCACUCCCAGUCAGAAAGGAAUGAAGAGGAACUUGAUCCAACCUGUGCCGCUGCAACGUUGAAGCUUAUCCGAGAUAAGCUACCUAAGUUACCAUCCCUAAACACCAGUGCGUCUGCAAAUCCCGAGCCAGCAGCUUCAGGAGAGCUUGACAGUGAGACAGGAAAACUAGAAGAAGAAAGAGCUAAAGCUCCUAUAAUACCCUUUGGAUUAGAUCUUUACUACUGGGGACAGGACCAGCCAACUGCUGGCAAAAUUCUCAAAUUUUCUUCUCAACAUCGAUUUUGGGCACCCAAUGAAAUGGAGGAAGAGGUGGAAAACAAAGAAGUAGCCGAAAUGUUGAAAAGUAGAUGCAUAACUUUUUCUGGCAAGUUUGAACCGGUGAAACAUAGAUGUCGAGCACCGAUGCCUGACGGGAGACUAUGUGAAAGACAGGAUAGGGUUAAGUGCCCUUUCCAUGGGAAGAUAAUCCCUCGGGAUGAAUCUGGGAAUCCUGUUAAUCCAGAGGACAAAAUGAGAGAAGAAAAGAAGAGGUUUGAGAAGCAGGCAGAACAGCCAGAGUGGCAAGACCCAGAAUUCAUGAGAGAGGUUGAAGCAGCUACUGGAGUAGAUCUUGGAUCCUCUAGAUACAGUGGGAAAGGAAAAGGAGGGAAGAACAAAGGGAAGAAGAGGAAAUAUCCAAAUCUGACAGACUUGAAACAGGAGGCUAAUACUUCUCGUUCACGGCUGGAGAAGAAAGUCUUCAAUAAAGGGGCCAUGAAACGGGUGGUGAAAGCAAUGAAUCGAAUGGACCAGAAGAAGCAUGAGAAGUUUGCAAACCAGUUUAACUAUGCAUUGAAUUAAGUUGCAAGAAAACAGAGGACCAAAGAGGAGAAUUAACAAGACUGCAGCUGUACAAAACAUUUCUCUAACACCUUUAUAUUCAAACUAAAAUAUUGUGUUCUACAUUUUUACUGGGGUUAUUUUUUAAUUAGUGUCAACUUCUGGUAACUUA